AUGCGAAGUGGAGCUUUAGCAGCUAUGGAGGCAGAGCCAGACCUCAGUACGUUCGAGAACAAAUCCGGUCUGGCCGAAGAUAUGAAGUUUCUGGCGUCUAUGCCUGAGUUAUGUGACGUCACGUUUCUUGUUGGGGACACGAGAGAGCCAGUUUGCGCCGUCAAGGCUGUAUUGGCAGCUAGAAGCAGGGUGUUUCAAAAAAUGCUCUACCAGGCACCAAGUCCUCAAAGAAAAAAGGAAUCGGCUCCGAGAGAGAACAAACUCAGGCUUUUCUUAAAACGAUCUUCGGAACCGCUUCUGAACCUUCAAAACGCAGCUCAGCAGAGAACAAGUUUCGCGCAACAAUUGGCACCGAUACAAGAGCCAUCAUCUCAGCAACACCAAACCUUGAUCAUUGAAGAAUUUGAACCAGACGUGUUUCGGCAACUCAUUGAAUACAUCCAUACUGGGUGUGUUACUUUGCAGCCGAGGACUUUGUUAGGUUUGGAGAUUUGGAGGCUGUUGCCGUAA